AUGGGAAGCUAUCAGCCUACUCCGGAGGACUUUGCUCCCAACUUCAAGACUCCGUGGAUCGAAACACCAUUGGUCGAGUCUGCCAACCUUUCGCGAGCAGCUGGAUGCCGUAUUUUCCUCAAGCUGGAGAAUGUCCAGCCCAGCGGUUCCUUCAAAUCCCGCGCCAUGGGUAACCAGAUUCUUUCACACCUUCGCAAGCCAGAAAACUUCAACCGACGAGUCCACUUCUAUGCCUCAUCCGGUGGUAACGCGGGAAUUGCUGCCGUCUGCGCUGCCCGGACCCUAGGAUACCCGUGCACCGUUGUGGUGCCCCUCUCUACGAAGCCCUUGAUGGUUGACAAACUUCACGCAGCCGGCGCUGCAGAUGUCAUCCGCCAUGGCGAGAACUUCUUCGAGGCUGGAUCAUACAUGAAGGACGUUAUUAUGAAGCAAAGCUCAGGGGACGAUGAAGAUGUGGCAAAGAUUGCCCUCCACCCUUUCGACAACGAGCCUAUCUGGGAGGGGAACAGCACGAUUAUCGACGAAUUAGAGAAACAACUCCCAGUCCCUGCUUCUCCGGAAGAAGAGCAAGUCUACGGCUCACGGGCGCUCCCCGUCGACGCCAUCCUCUGCAGUGUCGGAGGCGGUGGUCUGUUGAAUGGCCUGGUGCAAGGCCUUGAGUCUCGACGCACCAAGAAACAGAUCGAGACUGUCCAGUCCAGCACCGGCCACUCCUACCAAGAUACUCACUCAGAAAGCACCACCACACCUUUAUCCAGCACCCCAAGCCCUAUUCACCUUCUCGCCAUCGAAACAGACGGCACCGACUCACUUGCCGCUGCCAUCGCCAGUAACUCCCUCGUCUCUCUCCCUAAGAUCACCUCGCAAGCCACAUCACUCGGCGCCAUCCGGGUAUCAGAAACCACAUUCCAAUAUGCCGUUGCUCCCCCGCCAGGCAUCCAGGUUCACAGUGCGGUCCUCACCGACGCGGAGGCCGCCCGGGGAGUUCUCCGGCUCGCAGAUGAUGAGCGCCUCCUUGUCGAACUUGCCUGUGGUGUCUGUAUCGAGGCGGCCAUUGGCGAUGCUGCCACCGCAGCUGCCACCGCAGCGGCAAAUGCCGUCGCCGAGACCCGAAGCGCCAAACGCCGCAAGGUCGAUUCUGACGAUGUCGUCACCGUGCUUCCGAAGGAUGAGGGUUACAGUGAUGACCGUUGGUCUUCUACUGAGAACGAGACCGAGCCGGAGGUCAGCGAUGCUGUUGCUGUUGCCACCAAGACCCCUCUCCUUCAGUCCAAGCUCAAGACCCUGGUUCCUGAUCUCAACGCUCAGAGCCGUGUUGUCAUCAUUGUCUGUGGCGGAAGCAACGUCACUAUCGACAUGGCGAGCGAAUACAGGAAGCUCCUUGCCGAGGGCUGGGCUUGA